AUGACGGCGGCGGCGGCACGGAUGGGCUUCGGGAGCACGGCCUCCCUCCCUCGCCCGCCUAGCGCUCCCGUUCGGUCCGGCCGCAGCCAUUUUGGAGCGAGCGCAGACAAAGAGAGAGUCGCCGCCGCGGCCCCCAGCGGGCACGGGCCGCGGGCCCCGCCCGCCGCGCCCCUGUCGGCCUCCCGCCCGCCGCCGGGGCCCGCCCGCACCCCCGCCGCCCGCCGGCUCCGGGCCGCCCGCUCCCCCGCCGCACCCCGGCCGCCCGCCCGCGCCCCGGCCUCUGCCGCUCGCAGCCAUUGGCCGCACCUUUUAAGCGCGCGCCGCGGCCAAUGGCGAGGCACCGAGCGGCCGGGCGGGGGGCGCCGCGGCCAAUGGCGGCGCGCCGGGCGGCGGGCGGGGGCGGGCGCGCCGCCGCGCCUGCGCACCGCGCCGGCGAGCGGCGGCGGCGGCGGGCCGAGGAGGAAAGAUGGCGGCGGGCUCGGAUCUGCUGGACGAGGUCUUCUUCAACAGCGAGGUGGACGAGAAAGUGGUAUGGUCCUCGUGCGGAGCGAGAACGGGCAGUUGUUAAUGAUUCCCCAGCAGGCCUUGGCCCAGAUGCAGGCCCAGGCCCACGUGCAGACCCAGCCCCAGACCAGCAUGGCGGCCCGCCCCGCGACCCCCACAAGUGCCCCUCCCGUCCAGAUCUCCACCGUCCAGGCACCCGGGACCUCCAUUAUUGCGCGGCAGGUGACCCCGACGACCAUAAUCAAGCCAGUGUCUCAGGCGCAGACGACGGUUCCGCCCACCACGGCGCUGCAGCGCUCGCCCGGAGUGCAGCCUCAGCUGGUUCUGGGUGGCGCGGCCCAGACGACUUCCCUCGGGACGGCGACGGCUGUUCAGCAGACGGGGACACCUCAGCGAACGGUCCCAGGGGCCACUACCACCUCCACAGCUGCCACGGAAACCAUGGAAAACGUGAAGAAAUGUAAAAAUUUCCUGUCUACGCUAAUAAAGCUGGCUUCGUCUGGCAAACAGUCCACGGAGACCGCCGCUAACGUGAAGGAGCUCGUGCAGAGCCUGUUGGAUGGAAAGAUCGAAGCAGAAGAUUUCACUAGUAGGUUAUACCGCGAACUUAAUUCUUCACCUCAACCUUACCUUGUGCCUUUCCUGAAGAGGAGCUUGCCUGCCUUGAGACAGCUGACCCCCGACUCCGCAGCCUUCAUCCAGCAGAGCCAGCAGCAGCCGCCGCCCGCCUCGCAGGCCACCACCGCGCUCACGGCCGUGGUGCUGAGCAGCUCGGUCCAGCGCACGGCCGGGAAGACGCCCGCCACCGUGACCAGCGCCCUCCAGCCCCCGGUCAUCAGCCUCACGCAGCCCACACAGGUUGGCGCUGGCAAGCCGGGGCAGCCCACGCCGCUGGUGAUCCAGCAGCCGCCCAAGCCCGGAGCGCUGAUCCGGCCGCCACAGGUGACGCUGACGCAGACGCCGAUGGUGGCUCUCCGGCAGCCGCACAGCCGCAUCGUGCUCACCGCGCCCCCGCAGAUCCAGCUGAACCAGCUGCAGCCGGUCCCCGUGGUGAAGCCCGCCGUGCUACCUGGAACCAAAGCUCUCUCUGCCGUCUCGGCUCAAGCAGCUGCUGCGCAGAAAAACAAACUCAAGGAGCCCGGGGGCAGCUCGUUUCGGGAUGACGAUGACAUCAAUGACGUGGCCUCGAUGGCGGGAGUGAACCUGUCCGAAGAAAGCGCACGGAUACUAGCCACGAACUCUGAAUUAGUGGGCACGCUGACACGGUCCUGUAAGGACGAGACCUUCCUCUUACCAGCGCCUUUACAAAGAAGAAUCUUAGAGAUAGGGAGAAAACACGGCAUCACGGAGCUGCACCCAGAUGUAGUGAGUUACGUGUCCCACGCCACGCAGCAGAGGCUACAGAACCUUGUAGAAAAGAUAUCAGAAACGGCUCAGCAGAAGAACUUCUCUUACAAGGAUGACGACAGAUACGAGCAGGCAAGUGAUGUCCGGGCUCAGCUCAAGUUCUUUGAGCAGCUCGACCAAAUUGAAAAGCAGAGGAAAGAUGAGCAGGAGAGAGAGAUCCUCAUGCGGGCGGCCAAGUCUCGAUCCAGACAAGAAGAUCCAGAACAAUUAAGGUUGAAACAGAAGGCAAAAGAGAUGCAGCAGCAGGAGCUGGCGCAGAUGCGGCAGCGUGACGCCAACCUCACGGCGCUUGCCGCCAUCGGGCCCAGGAAGAAGAGGAAAGUGGACUCGCCGGGGCCGGGGUCGGGGACAGAGGGGUCGGGCCCAGGCUCCGCGGUCCCCGGCGGCUCCGGCGUUGGAACCCCCAGACAGUUCACACGACAAAGGAUCACGCGGGUCAACCUCAGGGACCUCAUAUUUUGUUUAGAGAAUGAGCGAGCGACUAGCCGCUCACUGCUGCUCUACAAGGCUCUCCUCAAGUAGCGCGGGCGGGCGGGCGCCGCGGACGGAGACGCCUGGCACGGUUCAUAUGUUUGCAGAUGACGCCUUUUGUAAAAGCAAAUGGGAUAUUGUUUAAAAAACAGCCACCUCUUUACAACGAAACAGUUUUAUAUUCCCGUUUCUAAGUCCGCUCUUCAGUUCGGAAGAAGACACGUUUCUGUAACCGAGAACAGAGGCCGUGGGCGCUCUGCACGGACAGUCGACUCUUAACUCAUCUUCGAGUGGCCUUCUUGCCAAACAAGCCAUAUCUAAAAACUGAUGGAAUCGUUCAGCAAAUAAUUAGCUGCCCUCUGUCACCUCGUAGCGGUUUCUACAUUAUUUGUGCAUUUUGUUUUAUUCAACCCAACUUAUUGCGUAGGUGUGUGUCUACAGCAAUGACCUCAUUUCAUUUAUUUUAUUUUUGUAUUAGUCAGUUGGCAAAGCAAACUGAUUUUUUAGACUAUUUAUGUCCCCAUCCCCUCUCUCGCCAGAGUUCCCGAGGAGCACGGAGCUGGUCGCGCUUGCCGGAGCGUGGUCCCCUCUCUGCUCCGGGGCAGCCGCGGCGGCUCCUUCCGAAUGUGCGGUCGGCAUCUGUACAGACGCGUUUUAUUUGCUCGAGUUUGUAAAGCUGUAAAGUUAAAAGAAAUGAAAACCUUUUCAGCAUAAAUAUAUUUUACUUGCACUGUGUUUUUUAGCUAAAAGUGGAAACUUAGAUGAAAUAAAAUCAAAGUUGAGAAGAAUCAUCAGAAGACUGUUUCUCAGUGUGAAUCAAGUGUUGAAAAAUGGUUGGUGUAUUUUGUCAGUAAUUGUACAUAAUUUUUGGCACAUAACAUGAAGAUGGCUAUGUAAACUAUAAUUAUUUUGCUAAGAGACUGUAAGCAAGCUGUGGGCCAACUUUACAGAUGUCCAGAGCAAAGCCCCUUCUUUGUACCUAUUUUUUUAUUACAAAUAUACUAAUUGGUUCUUUAUAUUUUCAGAGGUUAUUGUAUUAAAUUGUCUAUUGAUAGUACUUUUAUGACUGUAAAUACUUUGGCUUCUCCGUGUGAAUCCUCACGCCAGACCGGACUUUGCGCGAGUGUGAACCGAACGCGGAUCAGUAUUUUUACACCUGCAAACUGUUACACCUUUUAUUUCGUCUUUUAGGAAAUCCCUGUCUUUCCAUUUUUUCAUGUAAAUUUUGCACAGUUACUUGUUCAUAUGUAAAUAUUUUACUUUCAAAAAUGAAGUUUUUAAUUGCUAUUGUUUUAUAUAGGAUUGAAAGAAAAUUAACUCCUUUAUUAAAAACAAAUUUAUCUGUA